AAAUAUCAUCGUGCCAAUGAAAAAUGAAAAUGUGGCGUUCCUCCCCAGUUGAGCACCUGGGUGGGAGUUUCAACCUCAAUACGACAUGAAAUCCCAGAGGUUUUACUGGCUCUGCCUUGUCCUGCUCUCGGUGUGUUUGUUGUUGUGGUACCGUUAUAUGAUGAGAUCUGGCUUUGCCAUGAAAACUGGUCUCCAGGGAUAUGUGAGGAUUCAUCCGAAAACUCGCUUAAAAUCUAAUCUGCUGGACUUCCACUGUGGUCGCUGUGCCGUGGUGUCGAGUUCGGGGCAGAUGUUGGGCGGUGGACGAGGGCCAGAGAUCGACCAGCAGGACUGCGUGAUCCGGAUGAACGUGGCUCCGACCGCCGGGUACGAGGCUGACGUGGGGAACAGGACGAGUCUGCGGGUCGUCUCGCACACCAGCGUCCCGCUCCUGGUGCGCCAGCAGGGCUAUUUCUUCAGACGAGAGGCGGACACUAAAUAUGUGAUCUGGGGCCCUGAGAAAAACAUGCGGCAGGAUGGAAAGGGCAAAACCUUUAAUGCACUGGUGACGCUGGCCAAGAAAUAUCCACAUUCACACGUACACACCAUCACCAGAGAGAAAGUGCAGUACUGCGACGGCGUGUUUCAAAACGAGACUGGCAAAAACAGGAUGAAAUCAGGAGCGUUUCUGAGUACAGGAUUUUUUACCAUGAUUUUGGCUCUGGAGGUGUGUGACAGUAUUCUGGUUUAUGGAAUGAUUGAUGGCUCCUAUUGCAGUAAUGCUAACCACUCAUUUGUGCCAUACCACUACUAUGAGCCGCUGCAUCUGGAUGAGUGCCGCAUGUACCGCGUUCACGAACACGCCAAGAGAGGCGGCCAUCGCUUCAUCACAGAGAAACUGAUUUACAGCCGCUGGGCGUCUCAGGGGAAACUGCGCUUCGUUUAUCCUCCGUGGACAUCGCAGGAACACCAGCCGCCCUAAUUCAACCACUUCUGCUAUGUGGUCAAACGUAGGUCAGGCUUUAGUGUAUGUUUACGCUAAUAUCACAAACCACUAUGGUGCUUUUAGUGUGUAAAUCCAGCCAUUAGUUUGGCUUUCGAAUCUUGCUGCUUUGCCUUUUUUUAAUAUUCGGUCCGAUUUUAUUGCUUUAGUAUUAAUGGGGUCAUGAACUAACAAUAGAACUCUCUAAGGUGCGUUUAUGAUUUUUAAAAGUUUUUUACAUGAAAAAAAAUCAUCAUUAA